AUGACCUACCGCGCUGCUGUCUUCACCAAGGAUAAAACCUGCGAGAUUGUACAGAAGCAGAGCCAACCUCUGAAGCAUGGCCAGGCUCGUGUCAAGACUACCUGCUGCGGUGUCUGCCAUACCGACCUGCACGUUCGUGACCAGGAGUUCGGCAACUCUGUUGGCCGUGUUGGCGGCCACGAGGGUGUUGGCAUUGUUACUGAAAUUUCCCCCGAUGUCAAGUCGCUCAAGGUUGGCGACCGCGUGUCGAUCGCCUGGCUGUUCUCUGCUUGCGGCGCCUGCGAGCAAUGCAUUGCUGGCCGUGAGGCUAUGUGCUCCAACCAGACCAACCCUGGCUUGUCUGCCGAUGGUGCAUUUGCCGAGGAAGUUGUCGUCGCUGCCGACUACGCUGUCAAAGUCCCUGAGGGUCUUGACGACGGCGCUGCCAGCUCUGUUACCUGCGCUGGUGUUACUGUCUACAAGGCUAUCAAGGAAGCCCACAUCAUUCCCGGUCAAGUGAUUGCUUUGUGGGGUCUUGGUGGUCUUGGAAGCUUGGCUGUUCAGAUCGCCAAAUCCUACAACUGCAAGAUCAUCGCCCUCGAUGUCAACGACCGCCAGCUUGAGUUUGCCAAGGCCAACGGCGCUGACCAUGUCAUCAACUCCCGGGACGGUGUUGCCGCUGCCAAGGAAAUUCAGGACAAGUUCGGUGGUGCUCACGCCUGCGUUAUCACUGCCACUGCAGUUCCUGCCUUCGAGGCUGCCCUGAACUCCGUGCGUCCUUUCGGUCGUGUCGUUGCCGUUGGUCUGCCCAGCAAGCUUAUGCAGCUUUCUAUCCCUAACUUGGUUCUCAAGGGUAUCCAGUUGGUUGGUUCAAUCGUCGGAACCCGUAACGAUCUUGCUGAGGCAUUCCAGCUCGCCAAGGCUGGCUUCAUCAACCCCACCACUGCCCCCCGUAAGCUCGAGGACAUUGACGAGAUCAUGGAGGAGAUGCAGAAGGGUACCAUCACAGGCCGUAUGGUUGUCUACUUUUAA